AUGCAGGCAGGUCCUCUGAUCCCCCUCUCCCCCAGCUUCAACAGCUAUUCCAAUCCCAGACUCGCCGGAAUCGCCGCGCGCGUCGCCGGAGAAUUCGAUUCCGCUGAAUUCUAUGAAGACUUCUACUCCCAAAUGCUUGAAAAUCCAGCGCAGGCCGAUCAACCAGGAGCAGGAAUUUCAGAAAAUCGGAAUCCAGAGGCGGAUUCCGGAGAUCGAGAUGAGGAUUGCGAUUUCGCGUUCGCGACGAGGGGAUCGGAAUCGUCGUCUCCGAUUCCGGCUGACGAGGUAUUCCAGAACGGUAAGAUCCGACCCGUUUACCCUGUUUUCAACAGCGAUCUGUUAGGGCGUCAGGGGAAAUUUCAACAUGGAAACGAAAUUGGGGGUGACGUUGGCCAGAGUUCGGGCUCGGGCCGUCCUAGGGAUUUGGUGGGGUUCUUUGGUAACGUGUAUGGGUUGAGAAAGAAUUUCAAGCGCUCAUGA